UAACUGGUUUCACCCAGAUAGGAAGUUGUAUUUUCCCUUUUGUACAUAUAAGAGGAAGUUUUUUUUUCUAACCGCCGGCUUAGUGCGUUCACAUGCUUCGUCUCCAGAGCUCAGUCUACUCUGUGCUGUGAUAAACAUCUGAGGUCUGAUGGACAUCUACCAGGAGGCUGUGGACUUUCUGGAGUCACAUCAUAUAGCAGUGGAAGCCGAGGCUGAGGUCCUGGAGGAGGAUGUGUUUCAGGAGGAGGCAGUGUCCUGUCCGCUUUCUCCUCUCCACCUGGACAUCUUAGAUCUCCCGGAAACCCCUACCUCUUGUAGCCCAGAGGAAAUGUUCCAGAGGAGGCUGGUGGUCCUUAAAGGCAUCCUGGAGAGUGAGGAGGUUUAUCUGAGAGAGCUGGAGGCCCUGCUGACGCCCAUGAAGGCUCUGUGGGCCUCAGCAGGGACCUCCCAGCCUGUUCUGUCCAGUCGACAGGUCCAGACUGUUUUCUACCAGGUACCUGAGCUCAGAGACAUGCACCAAAGCUUCUCCUCGGCCCUGAAGGCCCGACUGAGCGCACACUGCCAGACCGAGACGAACCACUCAGGCUUUGAACUUGAGGUGGGGGACCUGUUUCUAAAAAUAGUGAACCAGAUUGGGCUGUACGGCGGUUUCAUUGAAAACUACGAGAAAGCCGUUGAAGUUGUUCGAAAGUGCACACAGUCAGACCGUCGCUUCAGGACCCUGGCCCAGAACAUGACAUCCAACGGCCAGGACAAAACUCGGACCAGCUACACCCUUGAAGCUCUGCUUUACAAACCACUGGACAGAGUAACCAAAACAACACUAGUGCUGCUUGACCUCCUGAAGACGACACCAGAGGAGCACGGAGAUUACUCCUCCUUACAGGAAGCUCUGAGAUUGUCUCGCAGCUUCCUGUACGGUGUCAACGAGAGUUCACAGAGCAAACGAGAGGUCACGCUCAGUCCCGGCAUUAGGCGUCAGCUGAUGCGUGACGGCUUUGUGGUGGAUGCAAGUGACGGUGAACGCAGCCUGCGUCACCUCUUCCUCUACACCGACCUCCUGCUGUGCACCAGACUCAAACAUUCAAGCAGAGGGAAGCAGGACCAGUACAGGUUCUGCUGGUUUCUGCCUCUCGGUGGUUUGAGACUGCACUUGGUUACGGAGGAGGAGCGUUCACCGGAAACACACGUUCGCUUAUACUCCAUACGAACCAAGAUGUACCAUCUCAGUCAGCAGCUAAGGCAUCACACAGGGUCAUUGUCAUCUCGGGACAGGAAGAAGCUGGAGCAGAUGGAGCUGAUGCUGCUCACACUUUCACCUGUGUACAGACUGGAGCUGCACAGCCCCAGCGGCAAGAGUCACACUUUCCGUCUCUCGUCCCUGUAUGAACUUGAGGAAUGGAGAGAAGCCAUCCACAAGCUCAUCACAGACAACAUAGAAACCGUCCCUCCAGACCUGCUCACGCUCACCAGUGCAUGUGUGAAACUGAGAAUGACCCAACAGCCACCACUGCACAGCUCAAAGCCCGGGGAGGAUGAGAAGUGUUUGUGUGGGACUCUGAGUGUGGCGAUCCACUCUGCCUGCGGUCUGCUACAACCAGCCUGUGUGUAUGUGUGUGUGGAAGUGGAUGGUUAUGAGUUUUACGAUAAACAAGCUCAGACACACUCAUCAGUCCACAGCCUCAGCCCACACUGGGAACAGGAGCUGUCGUUCCAGGUGGACGGGGCUCGUGAGCUGAGGGUGCUCUGUGUGAGUCAGUCUGACGGAGAGGGUGACACAGUCCUGGGAAAAGCAGCGGUGAAGUUGGAGUCCAAAUCCUUGAAUAAGCGAUGGAGGAGACAGACUCUACACCUGGGCCAGACAGAGCUAACUCUCUCCCUCAAGUACUGUCCCCACCCGCUUGAACCGCCCAGCUCUACAGCUCAAACACAUCCUCUCUUCUGUGUCCCCAUUGAAACUGUGGCUCAGCAGGAGGGGGUUCUGGUUCCUCAUGUGGUUCGCUGCUGUGUGGAGGAGGUGGAGAGUAGAGGCAUGGACGAGGUCGGUAUCUACAGGAUUUCAGGGACCACAAGUGACAUCAACACACUAAAGGCUGCGUUCAACAGCAAUCUGCGUGAAGCCGUCACCAGGCUGAGAAGUUCAGACGUGAACGCCGUCUCUGGAGUCCUCAAACUUUACUUCAGGGAGCUUCCUGAACCGCUCAUUCCCACUGAGCUGUUUCAGAGUCUGGCUGCAGCGCUCGACAUCCAGGACAUCAACUCUCGCCUUGUCAGCAUGUUGUCUCUGCUGCAGUCCUGUCCUGACCCCAACCGACACACUUUCCUCUACCUGCUGCACCACCUGCAAAGAGUUUCUGAGAAGCAAAACGUCAACAAGAUGUCCUGCAUGAACUUAGCGACAGUGUUUGGGCCGAGCCUCUUGCGCCCCCCUAUGGUUGGGCAGGGGCACAGCGGCCCCACAGUGGAUAUUUCCCAGGAGGUGGUGGUGCAGGUCCAAGUGGUUUUCUUCUACCUGCAGUGUAACAACCUCCCUGAAGCUCAGACCUCUCUGCCUCAUGACACAGACGAUGAAGAUGAGACCACCCACAUGUGAGACCACCAUCAGCGUCAGACACUGUGUGGAACUACAGCUCGAAGCAAGGACUCCCUUUAAAUACUCUUAUUUAUUGAUUAAAACAUGGACUACAGGCUGUU